AUGUCUUCAAGAUUAUCGUCAGUGUGUGAGGAGAGUGUAGAGAGUCAGUUGCGCCUCACUCAGAGCGUCAUGGAGGCUCCUCCUGUGGAGAAGAGCUCAACAGUUUCAGAAAAGCAUACCAGCAAGAGGAAGAAGAAAAUAAUUUCUUCUUUCUUCAAGAAAGUACGUAAGGCUGUGAAGCUUCCCAUCUGCUCCAAGAACACAGUGGACUGUCUACCACAGCUGGACCCACAGUUUGACAACUCUACACCUAGACUGGAAGGGUGGAGCGAUGGCGCUUUAUCCAGUUCGGAUGGCUGCCCAGAGCAGUCCAGCUUUACUCUUCCAGGUGAAGUGCUUGUUGAGCCAGUAAGGGCUUCAGCUUGCCUGAACCUAAAGACAGCAUCCAGAUUAGAUGACUCUACACCUAACGUCAUCUCAGAGGACAGUACAGAGAGACUGAAAUUGGAGGCUUCAGUUACAAAAAAGGGCACAGAAGAACGUAGAGAGAGGAGAGGAAUCCACUCUUUCUUCAAGAGCGUGUGGAAGGCUAUGAAAAAGCCUUUCUGCUGCCAGAAUAAAGUGGAGCCUUUUGUGUCUCCACCAGAACUGGAUGAUCCUGAGCUGUCACCUGUCCCAGAGCCUUCAGACUGUGUCCCAACUAAUGAAUCCAUUAGCACUCGCUAUAUAGUACAAAAGAUUAUUGGAGAAGGAGGCUACGGCAGGGUGUAUGAGGGAAUCCGUAUUUCCGAUGGCAAAAAGGUUGCCAUCAAACGUAUUCAAAAGACUUUACGGGAUCAUUAUCUUCAAACUACUCUGCAUCCCAAACCUCUCAUUACCGAAGUUGCACUGAUGCUAACGAUGAGGCAAGGACCAAUAAGCCCCUACGUCAUCCAACUAUAUGAGUGGUUUGAGCACCCUCAAGUAUUUACUCUCGUGAUGGAGAAUCCGGAUCCCUGCGAGAGUUUGUUGGACUUCAUCAACAAGAAUCCUAACAUGAAUGAGAAGACAGCACGCCUCAUUAUGUGUCAGGCGGUGCAAGCAGUACAGCACUGCAUUGAGUGCGGUGUUUUUCAUAACGAUAUUCAUCCAGAGAAUAUCCUGUUGAGAAAACACACUUUGGAGCUCAAGUUGAUAGACUUUGGCUGUGGUCAUCUACUUAGUAGUAAUGGCUAUGAUCGCAGUCAAUAUAGAGGAAUACAGGCUUACUUCCCACCUGAGCUCUUCAUCUGUGGCAGAUUCUACGCCGUCUCUACAAACGUCUGGGCUCUAGGAGUGUUAUUGUAUGAGAUGGUGAACACAUGUUCUCCAUUUUGCAAUAUAACGGAAAUCACGCAAGCCGAAAUUAAGUUUGAAAACCCAGAUUUAUCCAAAGAAUGCCGUGAUCUGAUUGUCCAGUGUCUAAACCGUGAUCCAACUGAACGGCUGACCUUCGAGCAGAUCUUGCAGCAUGACUGGUGUAAAACAGUGGAUCUAGAAGAGUCAGAGGAUUGAAACAGCAUUGGUUUCAGAGAUGAGCCAGUGUAACAGACAGAGUAGGAAACUACAUCUGUGCUGUCACCUUCAAUUCUGAAUCAUAUAUGAUGUAGAUUUAAAAUAUGAUCAGUGAAGUGAGUUCACUUUAACAAUCUUGUUACACUGUACUAUAUGACGACUAGAAAAAAGACCUAAGUGAAGACAGUCA